AUGAGCUCAUAUUUUACGAACUCGUACCUCGGGGAACUGCAGAGCGAGCACGAUCACUAUAGCACAGGUCAACAGAACCGCAUCGGUGGCUGUGACCCGCUCCGCCAGCUCUCGCACCACUACGGACCGGAUGCUAGCGGUGCCGACGUGCACGCCGACGCGGCAUCGGUCAGCGCGACCUACCCGCGCUUCCCGCCAUACGACCGCCUCGAUAUCCGACCGAUAACUAGUCAGCAAUCUCAAUACGGAUUCGGAUCGCCGUGCGACCCGCUAGAGGACAAUGGUUGCGCGACGCACGUGUCGCCUGUGCCGACACCGCUACAGCAGCAGCAGCAGCCGCAGCAGCAGGUGAAUGGUCUUCACGAACAGCAGCAGCAGCAGCAGCAGCAGCAGGAUCGUCCGCAUUACACCAGUUGUAAAUUACAGCCGGUAUCUCAAGCGUCGCCCGUCGCCGCCGCGUCGCCUCCCGAGGAUUCAACAAGAGGCUACCAGACACCGCAGCCUGGCCUCCAGCAACAGCCGCAGCAGACGGCGCAGACGGGACAGUCAGGAAAUGCCAUGCCAAUCUACAAAUGGAUGAGAGAAACGAACUGUGAGUACAUUCAUAAAUCCUUCCUCAUGAUUUUUAUAGCCGCGCGCACCUGCUAG